AGUUUUGAUAAUAUAGGUACUUGUUUACCAUGAUCUAUUGGGAAUGCUUCAACACCCGCAUCAUGCCAAGGUCACCCCAAAGUUCUGCAAGCAGUAUGCUCGUGUUGGAGACGUCAUCAAUAAAGCCCUAUCCGAGUACAAGGAAGAAGUAACAAACGGCUCAUUUCCUGGUCCUGCCCACAGUCCAUAUAAAAUCAGUGCUGCUGAAAUGGAUGGGUUCUUAAACGAGUUACAAAAGAUGGGUUUGGACAAGGCAGCAUCUGCAGCAGCUGCCUCAGCCGAGAAGCUGGACACAAAAGAAUCACCUGCAAAUGACUGAAAAAUAAGCAUGUCUGGCAUAUGCCCCUCUUAGGUUAAUCAAAUGACGAGAUGUUUGGUGGCACCUAUUUUCACUUGAAAUUGGUCUUGGUAUCUGAAAAAUGAACAAGGAGUGAAAGCCACAUAUACAGCUUUCUUCAUGUUCGUCACAAAUUGUACUUGUUUAAUUUAGAAAAAAUAAAUGGCACCUCAAGGUUGAGUUCUUAGCCAAAAAUCAAGUACUUAUUCCUAACAUAGGAAUGAAAUCAUCCUCUACAUCAUGUAAACUUACAUAUCUCUAUAAAUCUCGAGUUGUGAA